GGGUGACUACGUAAACAAACUGGUCUGUCAGACGGGUGGGUAGCAGAUGGUGCCAAUUGGCUGCAUAAAAAAAUUACAUAUAUCUACACUCAAUAAUCUUUCUGAAAAGGUAAUGAGUCGCAGAAUGUUGUUAGCUAACGAAAUUGUUUGUCAAUUUUGUUGGGUCUGGAAUUACUGUCACCCUAGCUAGCUAACGUCAACCGCAAACUAGCUAGCUAGCUAAUGUUAGCUUCUAGUAGUGAGCCAAACCCUAGUUCAAUGUAUCUCUACUCUGCUAAGGACCCAGUGGUCAGGUGUGUCCAUUGUAGAAUACUUAAUUAUGGUAUUUUUUGUAGCUAAGUUUACUGUUAAUAUUUAGCUACCAGAAGAAGCCUAGCUAGCUUUGUCAUGUCAUUGUGUCGCGUUUUUCGUGAAUUUAGAGCUAGCUAAUGUUAGCAAGCUAGUUAGAGUUUAGCUAAGCCCAUUACAUUGCAUUACAUCGUAGUAGGGAUAGUUAUACGAAUAUUUGGUUGUAAAGUAGCCAACUAGCGUGUUUAUAAAUCAGGAUGGUUAGCUACUAAUAACGUUGUAAUGUAACGUUGUAAUGUGGCUUCAAACAAAGUAAAGUGUAGGGCAGCUACACUAUUGGGAUUUGACACAGCUAGAAGGCCAUAAACAUUUUCACCAGUGUUUGUGGUCAUCCAUUAAAUUCCUCCUGUGUUGAUUUUCGUAUCAUGCAUUCCCAAUGUGAGUCGGGAGUCAAAAUCAUCAGGGAUAGGCAGAUUCUUAGGGGUUCAAACUCUUGUCAGAUUUCCAGUGUUGACCUUAAUUUUACGGUGGUAAAGGUGUAAACACUGCCAUAUGAAAUCAUAUUUUGAUACGCACAGGAAUUCACUAAGAUUUUCCGUGUGUGUAUUGAAAUGUGUCUUUACGCUAGCUACCUCUAUUAAACAUACAUUUUUAUCAAAUACCUCAACCUGAAUGUGGCCCAUAGUGUGUAGGCAUUCAACUUUGUCAAAGUCCUGAUAAAUAAAAAAUAGCCAUCAAGUUUGAUGUAGGCCUACUUCUGACUGUGGAUCUUUCUACCAUUCAGUCUUGUCAUUUUCCUGUUAUUCCCAGCCGUAUCCACGCUAGCCGUGAGGGAUGAGCCACCGGUCGGAACGUCGUGGGAUCCAUGUGGACCAGUCAGAGCUGCUGUGUACGAAGGGAUGUGGUUUCUAUGGCAACACGGCCUGGCAGGGCCUCUGCUCCAAGUGCUGGCGGGAGGAGUACCAACAAACCAGACACAAACAGAUCCAGGAGGACCAUGCACUGGCAGAGAGGUGUGGUUGUCAAUCUGAGCAAACUUGUUUUGCAUCAACCCCCAGCUGCUGGGCGGAGGUAGCACUCGAUUUUAAAUCUAGGAGCCCGGUGGCAAACACUGAAUGCCCUGCAUAAAAUUGAGGGGUGCAGUCGAAAACAAAACAAUAACAAAAUGCAGCUGUAACUUUUGAUCAUUGGUC